AUGUGCGGUCCCUUUGAUGAUUUGGAGCAUUCUGUUAAAACCUUGCUGUCCAGUUGGACCGAGCCAGGCCAGAAGACUGAGCGUUUUCCUGUGGCAACAGAGCUGGAUCGGACAGACAAAGUUUUGCCGAGUUGGAAGACACCCUAUGGAGUUGGAGCUGGUCUGCGGAACAUGGGGAACACUUGCUAUGUGAAUGCAGCCCUGCAGUGCCUGACCUACACGCCGCCUCUGGCCACCCACAUGUUGGCCCUGCAGCACAGGCCAAGCUGUGCUGGUGCGAGGACCUGCAUGAUGUGCGUUAUGCAACGCCAUAUCACUCGGGCUCUCCGUCAUCCGGGACGUGUGAUCCAGCCUCUGCACGCGCUGCUUGCCGACUUCCACAGAGAAAAGCAGGAAGAUGCACAUGAGUAUCUCACGUUCAUUGUCCAGGCCAUGCAGAAGGUGGAUGUUCACUCUGAAGACCGGGAUUUAAUGCAGCACAUCUUCGGUGGCUACUGGAGAUCUCAAAUCAAGUGUCUCCACUGUGGAAGCACUUCGGACACCUUCGACCCUUAUCUGGACAUUCCUCUGGAUAUCCAGGCAGCUGAGAGCGUGGAGCAAGCUUUGACACAAUGCGCAGAGCCCGAGGAACUCAGUGGGGAAAACGCCUACCAUUGUGGUGUUUGUCUCCAAAAGGUGCCUGCCUCCAAGACGUUGUCUUUACACACUUGCCCCAAGGUCCUUGUUUUCCUGUUAAAACGUUUCUCGGACUUCACGGGGGAGAAGAUUGCUAAGCGUGUGCAGUAUUCUGAGUGGCUCGACAUGCAGCCCUACGUGUCUGAGCCCAACACGGGACCAGGCUUGUACACCCUCUAUGCUGUGCUGGUCCACGCUGGCCGCACUUGUCACAGCGGACAUUACUUUUCUUACGUCAAAGCUGGGGAUGGACACUGGUAUGAGAUGAAUGAUAACAAAGUAACUGCCUGUGACAGGACUGCUGUCCUGGCUCAAGAUGCCUAUGUCCUCUUCUAUGCCCAGACUUCUCUCCUGGAAAGAGACAAUAGUGGCAUGUCAGCAGAAGGAACCCUUGGGUCUGUGCACAAGGAUAUGUGUGCAAAGCUAAGAGCUCUACGAGUAGCUUCCCACAGAGAACAUAUCCACUUAGAGGAUAUGCUCUCCCACAGAGAGCAGACCCACGAAAUACAGGUGAAGGAGAGCUCUUUAGAUGAGUGGAAGUUUCUCCAAGAGCAAAACCAACCGAAGACUGAGUGGAACCUUAGGAAAGUCGAGUGGAGCCUGCCAGCCAAUGCAGUCCUGAUGCACCGGUCAAAAUACACAGCUGAGCUGAGCGAGACUCAUUCAGGAGACGAAAACCUCUGCCCAUCCAGUGCAGCCAGAAACAUUUCAGGUCACGAGUCGUCCACGAUGGGCCAAGCACCUCGUCUAGGAGGAAGCGCCAGAGCUACCAAGAAGAAGAAGAAAAAGAACAGGAACAACAACCAGGGCAAGAGAACUGUGCUCGUGAUUUAG